UUUUUUUACUGACACUUCAGACCCUGAUCAGGAGACAGCAGCGUCUGUUUUAGGAUCAGAAAGCUGCUGACUGAUCCGGACUCUGGACUGAUUCGGACUCCCUGUGGAUCCAGACUCUGGACUGAUCUGGAUUCAGGUCUGAUGUGGUGUGGAGUGUUUCCAGGAUGAUGCAGAGUUUGUUCCUCACAGUUUUCUUCUGUUUCCUCCAGGUGAGUUUGGGGGUGUGUCCAGGUGUCUCCAUGGAGAUGAGCUGCAGGUGUUGUCCUUACAUCCAGUUUCCUCCUCCACCACCUCCUCCUCCUCCUACUCCCCCUCCUCGUCGUCGUCAUCCUCCUUCUCUUCCUCCUCCUCUUACAGAGCUCACCUUUGCAGUGUCGCCCUCUGCUGUUCCAGAUGUGAGGUUUGAAGAUCUGUUGCUCCUGAUGUUCUUCGUCCAUUUAUUGUGAAGGAUUUAUUCACUUCCUGUUGGCCUGAUGUGUCGAGUGUGGAAGGGAAUAGAAACCCUUUAUUGUUACAUAAUGUACAGCGACAUUAAAACUGCUUCACCUUCAGGUGCACGAUGUUCAGAUGUCUUCAGCAGCUCUGUAAACAAACAUUGAAUUGCAAACAGCUGCAUUAUAUUUAUAUAUACUAAUCCAUAGCCAUUGGUAGC